AUGACGCUCGUGCAAGCACUCCUCCGCGCAACCGCGUUCAAGAACCCGCUGCUCCGCACACUCAUCCCAUCUAUCGCGCUCGCAUAUGGCAUCCAGACAGCCGUCGCAGUGCCUUCCAUCGCGGCGCAAACAGAGCGCUACUAUGAUCUCUCUGGAAGCUUGACGUACCUAUCAUGCACGGCAGUGAGCCUCUUCCUGCCCUAUUUGAGGGCUAAGAAUGCCGGUGCUAUCACUGGAGGGCUGGCGGAGUACUUUGGCAGCAAGGGCUUGGGGCAAGGGACGUGGUGGUGGAGACAGGCUUUACUUAGUGCUGCUGUGGGCGUGUGGGCUACGAGACUGGGAUCCUACCUCUUCUCGCGCAUAUCCUCUGACUCUGGCCGCGACUCGCGCUUCGACUCGAUCCGCGGCUCGCCCUCGAAAUUCUACGUCGCCUUCUUCGCCCAGGCAACAUGGGUCUCGCUCUGCACGCUCCCAGUAAUUCUCAUUAACUCUAUCCCGCGCUCUGCAUAUGCCACUUCCGUGCUCGGCCAAGCUGUUUCAGCGAAACCGUAUCUCACAGACAUUCUGGGUCUCGCCAUCUUCGUCUUCGGCCUGACAUUCGAAGUUGUCGCCGAUCGCCAGAAGAGCAAAUGGGUAGAGGGAAAGAAAGAGAAGAAGCAUUCUGAGGAGUUCCUCACGCGUGGGCUGUGGUCGAAAUCGCGUCAUCCGAACUACUUUGGAGAGGUGACGCUUUGGUCUGGCAUUGCGCUCGCAGCUGCUGGUCUCCUCGUUCGCCAGCCCGCGCAGGCAGCGCUGGGUCUGAGUGGAUCGACUAUGAGCCAGGUGCUGGUGACGGGUAUGUGUGCCGCGAGUCCGGCAUUCGUGAGCUUCUUGCUCUUGAAGGUUAGUGGUGUGCCGUUGAGCGAGGACAAGUACGAUAAGCGCUAUGGCGACCGGAAGGACUAUCAGAAAUGGAAGGAGGAGACGCCCAUGUUUGUCCCUAAGUUUUGGUGA